AUGUUAGGUGAAGCACAAUCAGAUUUUGAAUUUAUAAAUGAUAAUGACAUUGAAGAGGAUGAUGGUGAGGAUGAAAUAUAUGGGUUGCUAAGAGAUUUGUACCCCGAUUUUGAUGGAGAUAAUAUGAAUAAUAGUACUGGUGAUGAUCUUCGGGAGGAGGAACCAAAUGCUGAAGCAAAAAGAUUUUAUAGGUUAUUGAAAGAUCUUGAUCUACCAUUAUAUGAAAUUGCAAGAGUUUCUAAACUUUCUACUUUAAUUAAAUUGCUUCACCUUAAAAGUAUUGGUCAUUGGAGUAAUGAGUCAUUUACGAUGCUAUUAAAGUUUUUGAAAGAUGAUUUAUUGCUUGAUAGAACAAACUUGCCGGAUUCAUAUUAUGAGGCAAAGAAGGAUGAUAAUUGUCUUCAAUCGUGCAAAGUUUGUGGUGCAUCUAGAUGGAAGGAUGCUAAACAUAGUGGGGAAACAAAAUUGAAAAAAGCAAAAAAGAUACCAUGCAAGAUUUUACGUUAUUUUCCUCUAAAGCCAAGACUUCAAAGAUUAUUUAUGUGCUCAAAGACAUCUCCUUUGAUGUCAUGGCAUCAUGACAAAAGAGUUGAUGAUGGAAUAAUGAGGCAUCCAGCUGAUUUAAUGGCAUGGAAAAAAUUUGAUGAACUACACCCAUCUUUUGCAGCUGAACCUCGUAAUGUACAACUUGGACUUGCUAGUGAUGGUUUACAACCAUUUGGAAUGUCGAGAACUCCCUACAACAUUUGGCCUGUGGUACUUGUUCCUUAUAAUUUGCCCCCUUGGCUUUUCAUGAAGCAAGAGAAUUUUAUUUUGUCAAUGCUUAUACCUGGUCCUAAUGGUCCUGGUGAUGCAAUUGAUGUUUAUCUACAACCUUUAAUAGAGGAGUUGAAUGAAUUAUGGGAAACUGGAGUAGAGACAUUCGAUGCAUCAACUAGAAAGAAUUUUAAGUUACAUGCAUCUUUGUUGUGGACUAUUAAUGACUUUCCAGCAUAUGCCAAUUUGCUACCACCAGAAAUGUUGUCUGGUGAUGAUAUACUCGAUCAAGUUGCUGAUUUAGAUGGGUUGCCAUUAACAAAGGAUCCACGAAAAAAGAUUAAAAUAUCGCAUAAGAAAAGGGGUGAUAACUGGAAUAGGAAGAGUAUAUUCUUUGAUCUUCCAUAUUGGAAAACCUUAUUGUUGCGACAUAAUCUUGAUGUGAUGCACAUUGAGAAGAAUAUAUGUGACAAUAUUUUGGGGACAAUUUUAGAUAUCAAAGGGAAAACAAAAGACACAUUGAGUACUCAGUUGGAUUUACAAGAAAUGAAUAUACGAAAAGAAUUGCAUCCAAUACAAAAUGGAGAUGAAUAUGAGUUGCCGGCAGCAUCUUACACAUUAUCUGUUGAAGAGAAGAAAAAAAAAUCAAUUUUUUAA